CUCGACUAUUGAUCACUUAUACUUUGAAAAUAAGAAUGAAUACUUCUUUCUAAUACUUAUUCGAAUAAAUAAGUUGUGUUAAGGAAAAAUGUUCUACUCUUUUAUAUUUAUUUUAUUUUUUUUUAAUCAAGUAAAAACUAAGUCCAUUGUUUCAAUCAAUCGAGAAGCGAACAAAAUCAUAAAAUAUGUGAAUAAUAUACCGAAUAAUACAUGGAAGGCUGGGUUUAAUUUUAAAUCAAAACAAUUAAAAGAAAUUGAAAAUAUAAUGGGGGUUCUUCCUAUAAAUGAAAAAUAUACUCAAUCUUUAGAAGAUUUGGGUUUCGCAAUUCAUCACAAUAGUAACAAUAUUUUAGACAAAGACUUCAACGAAAUCGAAGUUCUUCCAGAAAAUUUUGAUGCUUCAAAACAAUGGUCUAAAUGUAAAUCAAUUUUAUCAGUGAAAAAUCAAUCAAAUUGUGGGUCAUGUUGGGCAUUAUCUACUGCCUCGGUAUUCAGUGACCGCAUAUGCAUAGCAACUAAUGGUUCAAUUGAUAAUAAUCUAUCUGGUGAAUACUUAUUGUCUUGUUGUACUGGAAGUUGUGGUAGAGGAUGUAAUGGUGGGCAUCCGGAAAAAGCUUGGAAGUUCAUAAUAAAUAAUGGGAUAUGUACAGGAGGUGAUUAUGGAUCUAACGAGGGUUGUCAACCGUACAGUAUAGCUCCAAGUGCUGUCGAACUUAGCUUUGAAAAUACCGCUGAUACUCCUGAAUGCUAUCACACUUGUACUAAUCCCCAUUAUACGACACCCUUACAAAAUGAUCUUUAUUUUGCGAGUAAGGUUUAUACGGUAAAGCCUAAAAUGAAACCAAUAAUGUAUGAAAUCUACAAAAAUGGUCCCGUUGUGGCAGCCAUGAAAACUUACGAAGAUUUUUUUCACUAUAAAAGUGGAAUUUAUCAAUAUAAGACUGGUUCAUCAAAAGGUGAUCAUGCUAUUAAACUAAUUGGAUGGGGUGAAGAAAAUGGAAUGCUCUACUGGUUAGCAGUUAAUACUUGGGGUACAUUGUGGGGGAUGGAUGGAAUAUUUAAAAUAAAACGGGGUAGCAAUGAAUGUGGAAUUGAAAGUCGUAUAUCAGGUGGCUUACCAAAGUUAUAAAAAUAUACUUAAUGUCUUUACACUAAUAAAAAAACAGAACAAAUUAUUUGAAAUCAUAUGAUUUACAUAUUAAGUAGGAUAUAAUCCAUUUAUUUUUUUAACUUUUGUUAAAUUUAACUACAGUUUCAUUUAUAAUUAUUUAAAAAAUGUAUAUGUAUACCUUAAAAAAUAUUUAUACUUCUAAAUUACAUACAUUUUGAUAUGUUUUUAAGUUGUGUUAUGAUAUAAGUUAAAUAAUUUGUGUAAAAGUAAUAAUUAGAACAUAAAUAUAUU